AUGAUUUUUUCGCCAGCAAAGGCCAUGGAUUCGGUGACGUCGAUUGGCAGUAACCGGGAAGUGGACGGUUUCCGGAAAAAGUACGGUCCCAAGUCGACCGACUCGCUGACGUUCUCCAUCGCCCGCAUCAUGGAACCGGACGUCCGGAAACAGCCCAGUGCACCGGCAGCCGACUACUUCCACGCACUCGAGUCGGCGUUCAAGAAAUACGUGCCGGCGUUCAGAUCCAAUCCGCAGCAAUCCACUCAUUGCGCGGCCACCGCCAACGAUGGACGGACACCACUGACCGUUAACAACAACGACCGUUAUCUGUCGACGACGAUGACGACAACGACGACGGCUGUACAGCUGUUUCACUAUCAGCAACAUCCCAGGCUGUCCUGCACAAUUGAAGACAGACCGGCUCAUCCCCGUCCCCGACCACCGCCACCAUCAUCCGAACUCUCGGCGCUCACUGUACUUCCGGUGAUCCCUGUACUUCCGGUGCCACCGGCGCCGCCGCCAGCAACAUCACAUCAGAUGACGCUCGGGCGACUCACCACGACCAAGUCCAUUCCGCCACCAUCCAGCACCAAGGAACUGUCGCAGGCGGUUACCUCUGUCACACCUGUUAAAACAUUCACGUGCAACCAUUGCGGAAAAGUGUUCUAUGCCCAUUACAAUCUGACUAGACACAUGCCUGUUCACACAGGCGCCCGGCCAUUCAUUUGCAAGGUGUGCGGCAAAGGCUUCCGACAAGCGUCCACGCUGUGCCGCCACAAGAUCAUACACACCGAAGAAAAGCCACACACGUGUGCCAUUUGCGGAAAGGCGUUCAACAGGAGUUCGACGCUGAACACGCACACGCGGAUACACGCCGGGUACAAGCCGUACACUUGCGAAUACUGUGGCAAGGGAUUUCACCAAAAGGGCAACUACAAGAAUCACAAGCUUACGCACAGCGUGGAAAAAGCGUACAAGUGCACCGUGUGCCAUAAAGCUUUCCAUCAGGUGUACAACCUGACGUUUCACAUGCACACGCACAACGACAAGAAGCCGUUCACAUGUCACGUCUGCGGCAAAGGAUUUUGCCGGAACUUCGAUCUCAAGAAACACUUGCGCAAACUCCACGACGCCCCUUAUCCGCAGCACCAGUCCUCAGUAAUCGCGCCACAGGCCUCCACAGCCGCAUUGACGGCUCAACCUCCUUUGCCACCGCCGCCGCAGAACGUCCGCCACGGCCUUGGAACGUGCGUGCCACCGUUCCAGUCGGUCCAGGCUGGAUCUCAAAGGAACGCAAUCAUGUCUAACGAUUCGCCCCACCACUACUGA